UGACGAGUUCAUUUGGGAUUCAGUUUGCACUGUGAAUAGUUCUGUUUUAAACGGCAGGAUUAAUUGUAUUAUGUUGACUUAGUGUAGUGUUUUGUGUAUGUUAUAGAGUCUUAUAAAGUGCCCUGAUGUGGGAGUGAUAUACCUGUACCGGACGGAAAGAAAAAACUCUGUUGAAUAGCACCUCUCCACGACAAGAGACUCAUUAGUGCUGAAAGGCACCUCUCUCCACGACAAGAGACUCGUUAGUACUGAAAGACACCUCUCCACGACAAGAGACUCGUGACUGCUGAAAAGCACCUCUCUCCACGACAAGAGACUCGUUAGUACUGAAAGACACCUCUCCACGACAAGAGACUCGUGACUGCUGAAUAGCACCUCUCCACGACAAGAGACUCAUUAGUGCUGAAAGGAAGGCACCUCUCCUCGUAAGUGCUGAAAGGCACCUCUCUCCACGACAAGAGACUCGUUAGUGCUGAAAGGCACCUCUCCACGACAAGAGACUCCUUAGUGCUAAAGGCACCUCUCCACGACAAGAGACUCGUUAGUGCUGAAAGGCACCUCUCUCCACGACAAGAGACUCGUUAGUGCUAAAAGGCACCUCUCCACGACAAGAGACUCGUUAGUGCUGAAAGGCACCUCUCCACGACAAGAGAUUCGUUAGUGCUAAAAGGCACCUCUCCACGACAAGACACUCGUUAGUGCUAAAAGGCACCUCUCCACGACAAGAGACUCGUUAGUACUGAAAGGCACCUCUCCACGACAAGAGACUCGUUAGUACUGAAAGGCACCUCUCCACGACAAGAGACUCGUUAGUACUAAAAGGCACCCCUCCACGACAAGAGACUCGUUAGUGCUAAAAGGCACCUCUCCACGACAAGAGACUCGUUAGUACUGAAAGGCACCUCUCCACGACAAGAGACUCGUUAGUGCUAAAAGGCACCUCUCCACGACAAGAGACUCGUUAGUACUGAAAGGCACCUCUCCACGACAAGAGACUCGUUAGUGCUGAAAGGCACCUCUCCACGACAAGGAACGCCAGUCCCCCACGUGGUGUUCCGUAAGAUGGAAAACGUUAAAUACACUAAAUAGUAAACGGACGGAUCUAGAGCUUAAACAUCGGACUGAUUUCAAACUGUUUGACAUGUUUCAUAGGGGCAUUGCAACAUGCCCCCGGUGUACAUAGGCGCUGACCUCGCGGGGGCGACCUUGACCCACCACCAGACCAUGGAAGAGUCGUUGUUUCCGCCAAUAUCGCGAAAGAGUGCCAUUUCAAUCGGAAGUGAAACGGACCCUAGUGAUUUUUGUAACUCUUCUCCACAUGAACGGAAGGUACUGACAACACGAGGAAGCGUUCCCGCACUAUCGUUGUCCAGUAGCCCCGUGAAGUUUCCGACCAUCGACCGCGCCAAUUCAACGAGUAUUGCGAGUCUUCCUGGCUCUCGUGCCAUGCGGCACCGGAACAUGACACGCGAGCUGCGGUCCUCCUACUGCCGCUCGCCUAGCUGUCCCUCUCAUCUGGACAUGAACCGCACUAAUGUUGAGUUUAACAGCUACAACAAGCGUCACUCGAAUACAGACCAGGAGAGCUCAGAUGUCGGAUCUACGGAUGUCGAGGAAAAGGUCUCCAAACUCCCAAGUAUAUUCUCGUCCAAGAACCCAUCAGAUAGGUAUGAAAGAGAUGAAAGCCCGCGGCGGGACAAGAAUAGAGACAAAUUGAACGCACUGUCACUGCGUCGUAGUGAAUCUCUUUUACACGCAUUUCACAGUAAUUCGGACAGUAAGGCACAGCUGUCUAGCAGAGACGCAGAUCAAAGACAGUCGCAAACGGCCGCCCUUCUCUUACCGUUAAGGACAAAUCCUACGGUGAAUAACAAAAAGAAAAAGAAACGGCGAACAAGAAGAACGUCAGAUUCAGAGAGUGAGCCUCGGGAAAAUACACCACGGAAUCACCCGGAAACUUCUCGGAAGGAUCCGGACACCUCAUUGAAUAUUCCGGACUCUUCACGGAAUUUGCCGGAUACUUCACGGAAAUACGCGGAUGUGCACAAACAAUCUUCAAAACAAAGCUGUGAUACUGAUGACGCAUUAAAUGCAAUUGCUCGUGAAAAUGACUUGUAUGAUGAAGAAAUGGACGCGACACCGAGAGCAAUUGAGAUAAGCCCAUCUCGGAAAGUUAAGCAGUGGAUUAAUAACAAUCAAAAGGAGGGCCAUAUUAAGGCGUAAAUGUAUUUAACAAUGAAUUCCGAUGUUUUGUCAACUUCCUGUAACUCUUUUAGGAAAUUGAAGACAGAUUAAUUUAUUUUGCAAUAUUUGUCCAAGCGGACCUAGUCACAACGGACACAACUGGAAACAUACCAGAUGUUCAUUUAGUAGCUAGCAAUAUACUUGGUGUCAAUUAUGUGUGCCAAGAUGUACACAAACUUGAACCUCUUCGUAAUUCAUCUCAAGUGUCUUAGAAAAGAGAAACUGACUUGCUAAAAGACGGUACGGGUGCAUUUACCAAUUCAAUGGACACUGGAACUAUCUGGGAAACUUGUUGUGUGUGGUAAGGACCGUUGAAAAGAGAAACAGGCGAUCUUUGUCAGCAGACGUCUACAUGAAACUACAAGUGAAUAGUUUAUAAAACUAUCCGUUUGAGGAAGGUCUUUACGGGCGAUAUUUGGUGCUAAAGAGGAUCAACAUCAUGUCGAUGAUACAAGCUAAGCUCGAACUGUCUAGCAGAUCAUUGGUUUAGUUGUAAAUGUUGACAUUGUUAUCCUUUAUUGUUUACAUAUGGAUAUGAACAUGUUUACAGUUUUCCGUCCAUAUAACAAAAUUAUAUGCGGUGGUUAGGUUCUGCAGUUUUGAUCAUUUCAUUAAUAUGUUCUUAUCUCCACUUAAUUACAUUCAGUUUCGGGUAUUACGUCAGAAGUGUUUUAGUGGGGAGAUAUUUGUGAAAUCCAUAUCUUAACAAAUUAAUUACGCUGAUAUCAGAUUUCAGAGAACUGAAGAUAAUAUAGCUGUCUUCGAUUGCCGUAUUGAUUUACAAAUUAAACGUUACAUUGCUAGAUUGGUGUAAGGAUCUAGAGUGUAUUACUGUAAGACAACUCUCACGGUGAUUAAAGACCGUUUCUAUAUUAAAAAAUGCAGAAAACUUCGCAUAAAAGUAUAUGCACAUUUUGUGUGCCAUAUGUAACAUUUGACAACAGUUUAGCGAAUAACAGUACAUGUAAGUGAAUGAAAACUAGGUAUGUACUCUCUAUAUUCGAUGCAUUUAAAACUCCAACCCUUUAUCUCAUCAUACUUGAUGUCUAUAUAUUAUUGAAGGUAAAACCACGACCAAUAACAAAAAAAUACUGUAGCUAGAUAUCAAGAUUGAGACGUUUUCAUUGAGUUUGAAAUAUUAAAGUGAGUUCAAGAGAGUGAAAUGCAUAAUAGAGCCCGCCCGUAAAUCCUGCAUUAAGAAGAGACAUGACGAGCAUGUUCUCUUCCAAACUUGAUCAAAAUAACGAAAGUUAAAAGGAGAACGCGCAUUUGAAAAUGCCCAAAAUCGGUUUGGACCAACGAGUAAAAAAAUCCACUUUAAGAACUAAGAAAAAACAACAAUCGUAAUGCUUUACAACUAAAAUCUAUCACAGAACAGUUUGUGAAAUUCAGAAAAUAAUAACUUUCCUUUAACGACAAGUUUGAGUUCGAUUUACGAUGAAAUUUUGCCGAAGUUAUAUCAUUGUUCGGCAAAAGAUUUACUUAGCUUGUAAUGUUUUGCCUCCUCGGAAUCCAGCUUAUCUGAUCUUCUCGUUAAUGGUAAGGUGCCAGGAUAUCAUUUAAAACGAUCUUUACAAAGAAUUUUGUAUUUCAUCUUUUAAAUCUGUAUAUUGCACAAUGUUUGCGUUCUGAAAGUAAACCACUAGGAUGUAUAUCUUGUUCAACAAGUCUCUGUGUGGAAGGAAUUGUAUUUAAAAAUGCUAUAUUUUUUCCGAAACAAAAACCUUGAAUAGUAUUGCAAGUUGAUAAAAGUAAGAUGGUAUUGAGUGACGAUACUCUGUUUUAACUUUACCGAUCGGCGUUUAGUUCUAGUGCAUUUAAUUUAAAGUUUUAAAUUAUAUUAAACUUUAAAGAACCAUUUUGUUCAUGUUCUCGUAUAUUUUACUUACUAUUAUAACGAUACCUCAUGUACGCACUUAUGUCGGGUUUCCAACGAUAUCAAAAGUUUGUAUUUCUAUUAUAUAAUCAAAUGUACUUGAAUUUCUAUAGGUCAGCCUGUGAUACCACUACUGACCUACUUGUGAGUUUAAGUUUGCACCUUUCGAUUGUUUUAGGCAGUGUGUUUUUGGAACGAGUCCAUAGAGAAUACGAUUAUAUUCUCCUACUUACAACAGUAUUAGAAGUUGUUAAUUUGUGUUCCAUUAUGCUUGUUUCAAAACCCAUUCUGUCUUAUGAAGGGUUGUAUAUAAACAUAUAUCUGUCA